AUGAUAGGAAGUGAUUAUACUUUGGAGCUCUGCAAUGUUUUUCAUUCGGGCCAAGUUGAACCUGGGAGCUUCCUUCAACGGCUUACUGGUGGUGUAAAGACAGGUGUAAUUCUUAAAGAUGUAUCAUUCAUCACACAUAGUGGAGAGGUGACAGCAAUUUUGGGAUCUAAAGGAAGUGGUAAGCGAGCUCUCUUGGACGUCAUCAGCCGCCGUGUACCCUCAAAAGGUCACAUUCUGCUUGAAGGUGUGCCCUUAGAAGAGGAUCAUUUCAGGAACACAUGUGCUGUAGUACGUCAUUCAACGAAGUUGCUUCCCGGUCUCACUGUACAGCAGACUCUGUCAAUGUCGUUGACCAAGAUUUCAGGAUAUCUAAAAUCAUCAAAGGUCAAACAGGUGAUGGCAGAUUUGGCGCUUUCUCAGGUUUCACAUAAAUGCGUUACAAGUUUGACUAAAAGCGAAUAUCGAAGAUUGGUGAUUGGUGUGCAGUUGAUACGAGACCCAAUUAUACUACUCCUGGAUGAGCCAACAUGGGAUUUGGAUCCGCUCAAUACCUAUCUUGUUAUAUCGAUCUUAUCGAAUAUAGCAAAGAAAUAUGGUUCAGCUAUUAUACUUACUAUGGAGAAACCGAGAUCAGAUGUCUUCCCCUUUCUCGAUCGUGUCGUGUAUCUAUGUUUGGGAGACGUGGUCUACGCAGGGCCAACCAGAAACUUGCUGGAUUACUUUGGCAGCAUUGGCUUUCCAUGCCCACAGUUAGAAAAUCCCUUGAUGUAUUACUUAUGUCUAUCAACAGUUGAUAGGCGAUCGCGAGAGCGGUUUAUCGAGUCGAAUCAUCAAAUAGCUGCUUUGGUCGAAAAGUUCAAAGUUGAAGGUCAGGGUAUUAUGCAGGGUAACCCAACAGAACACAGCAGAAUUAUAAACCCAAAUAAAAUACAGAUGAACUAUGGCAAGCCUGGAGGCGUUAAAGUAUUGUUUAUGAUUUACUUACGAAUUCUACUAUCAAUAUUUAAUUUUAAGAAGAACGGAAUAAAGCAAAUGUCUAUGCGACUUCUGUCACUACCAAUCUACUUCUGUAUUCUGUGGGUGUUCUACAAUGAAGCAAAGGAUUACCAAAGGGCUUUUAUAACGAAAAGUGGACUUAUCUUCAACGCUAUAUUGGGAACAUAUUUCAUUAGUAUUAUGAAUACAAUUUGUUUAUAUGGGCCAUACCGAACACGUUACUACCAAGAAUCCCAAGAGGGGUUGUAUAGUGGAGCUAGUCUACUUCUAGCAUGGAACUUGGUAUCACUACCAUUCUCUUUCAUCUCUACAUUUGCAUCUGCUGCAAUUAUUUAUCCGAUACUAGGCGACAUAGCAGAGAGUCUGGAAUACAUAUACUUUGCAUUGAUACUUUGGUCUUGCUAUAUAUAUGCCGAACAGCAAUCUUUAGCUAUCAUGAUGGUUGUCAAAAAUGGUUUAAUUGCAGCAAUAAUUAAUAUUUACAUUACCUGUAUUUACGUUAUGCUGGCAAGUGGAGUUUUAAGAUCUUACAAAGGCUUCGAAGAAUGGCUAUUCUAUCUUACAUACGCGACUCACACACGCUACGCAUCAAUAUUCCUCCAUCGUAAUAUAUUCAAACAACCAACAUUCAACAUCUUGCCGUACGAUGAUGAAGAAAACUGUUCGUCAAUAACGAAUUUAAUUCAAACCUCAAGCAACUUAAAUGCCACCUCUAACGGAAAUUGUAGAUAUGCCAACGGUAAAGCAUUUUUAACUGAAAGAUUCACAUCCAAGAACUUCGCGGGUGACAUUUAUUUGAGCGGCGAUUUUAACCCAGAUUUUAAUUUAGGUGUGUCUUUCGCGUUUUCAGUUGGUAUGAUGGUUUUGAAUAAAUUUUUGUAUUUGCUUCCGUUGCCGGGAUAUAUUACAGAUAAAUUUCGGGAGUAG